CCUGUCUAAUUUUGUCCUGAAAGAAGCAAAAAUGGGUCGUUACUCUCGGGAACCGGAUAACCCAGCUAAGUCAUGCAAAGCGCGUGGCUCGAACCUUCGUGUUCAUUUCAAGAACACAUAUGAAACUGCUAUGGCGAUAAGGAAGUUGCCUCUGCGUCGAGCUGUACGUUACUUGAAGAAUGUGACAGAGCAGAAGGAGUGCAUUCCCUUCCGUCGGUUUAACGGAGGCGUUGGGCGGUGCGCGCAAGCCAAACAGUUCGGAACCACUCAGGGUCGCUGGCCGAAGAAAUCGGCAGAAUUCCUGCUGCAACUGCUAAGGAACGCUGAGUCAAAUGCUGACUACAAGGGCCUGGAUGUUGACAGGCUUGUCAUUGAUCAUAUUCAGGUAAACCGCGCCCCCUGCCUUCGUAGACGUACGUACCGUGCCCACGGUCGUAUCAACCCAUACAUGUCUUCUCCCUGCCACAUCGAGGUCUGCCUCAGUGAGCGCGAGGACGCCGUGGCCCGCGCCGCACCUGCCGACGACGCGCCCGCUAAGAAGAAGCUGUCCAAGAAGAAGUUGGCGCGCCAGAAGGAAAAGAUGAUGAGAGAAUAGACAAUUAAGGGUUAAUAAACAACUUACCACAAC